AUGGUGGAAGUUGAACCAAUCCUCAGCCAAUCUUAUGGCUACAUUUAUAUCCUUGUAUUGGGAUUUGUCUUCGCUUUGAUCAUGAUUAUGAUCACAACGAUCUUAGCCAAGUUUGCUGGUGAGAAACAAACUUCGGAGCACUUUACUACAGCUUCCAGAUUUGUGGGGCCAGAAAUCCUCUGCAUUGGUGUUGUCUCAUCUUGGACUUGGCCUGGUACCUUGCUCACAAGUUCUGGAAUGUCGUACAGCUACGGUAUUUGCGGUGGAGCGUGGUAUGCAUUUGCAUUUACAAUCCAGAUUACGUUCUUCGCCUGUGUUGCACUUGAGAUCAAAAGAAAAGCACCAGGUGCUCAUACGAUCCUCGAGAUUGUUAAGGCACGGUUUGGAAGCAAUGCUCACUUCGUAUCCAUGUUUUACGGUAUAGGUACAAACGUGAUUAUCUCUGCAAUGUUAUUGUUGGGUGGUUGUCAAGCGAUCAGCGUUGUCACAGGAAUGCAUAUAGUUGCUGCUGCGAUGUUACUGCCACUAGGUGUUUGGGCUUACACUGUCACUGGUGGUUUGAAAGCAACAUUUAUAUCUGAUUGGAUUCACACCGUCAUCAUAUAUAUUGUUAUUCUUACUGCAUUGUUUGUGACAUAUACAAGCUCUGAUAAGAUUGGCUCCAUUGAUAAAAUGUACGAUCUCUUGACUCAUGUUUCCAUCGAACAUCCAUCUGCAGGACAUGAAGGGAGUUAUCUUACAUGGUCUAAUAAACAAGCUAUUUUCAAUGGUUGGAACAUUGUUGUCGGAGGGUUCUCAACUGUGUUUUGUGAUCCCAGUUAUGCCCAGAAGGCCAUUGCAGCAAAGCCGAAGGCAAGUAUGAUUGGCUACUUCACAGGAGGUCUUUGUUGGCUAAUUAUACCACUGGGAUUGUCAAAUCUCGCACUGGCAAGCUUAGCUUUGGUAAAUGAUCCAGAUUCACCAACUUAUCCAGAUCUUAUCCCCUCUGUUAACGUCAACGAAGGUAUUCCGAUGCUCUACGGUAUGUAUAUGAUCCUGGGAAAAUCCGGUGUGGCCGCAGGCCUGUUGAUGGUUUGGCUCGCUGCGACGUCUGCGACAUCCGCUGAACUCAUUGGAUUCUCCUCAGUCAUGACGUAUGAUGUCUACAGAUCUUAUAUUAAACCGCAAGCUUCAGGUAAGGAGUUGGUUAGAAUGACCCACAUUUUUGUUACUUUCUUUGCCAUUGCUAUGGGUGGGUUGACUGUUCUCUUUAACUACAUUGGUAUUACAAUCUCAUGGAUUAUAAGUUUUAUUGGUGUGAUUAUCGGUCCUGGUGUUUUUGCCUUUACUUUAUCUCUCUUCUGGUCAAAAAUGACUACCCUAUCUUGGGUAGUGGGUCCCCCUUUGGCCACUGUGAUUGCUGUUAUCUCAUGGUGUGGUUCUGCAAAGUCGCUCUAUGGAGCUGUCAAUAAAGAUACCUUGGGUGAACAGUAUUCCUGUGCUGUGGGUAACUUUGUUGGGUUAUUUGGAUCCUUGAUUCUGAUCGUUGCCAUUUCCCUAUUGAAGCCAGAUCCAGAGCCAUAUAACUUUGACGAUUUGGAUAAGAAAUUCACAGUUGGAGAUGAUGCUACAAUGCAGGAGGCUAACGCGAUGAAGGUACAGGAUAAAUCUGAGAAUGACGAGCUCACGAAGUACGCUAGCUACGCCAAGAUCAUUUCUAUUGCUAUCUUCAUUAUUCUUAUUUUCCUCGUUCCACUUCCAAUGUAUGGAAGUGACUACAUCUAUAGUAGAGGUGGCUUCAAAGCUUGGAUCGUUAUUAUCUUUAUUUGGUUGUUUAUCGCUGCAUCUUAUGCCAUUUUCUCUCCCGUUAUAAGAGCAAGAAAGGCUCUUGUUGAUCUGUUCCUGGUUGGAAUCGGCAAGAAGAAGCCAGCCCAGGUGGAUCUUCUUUCUUCCCAUGCGUCAAGAGUAGAUUCUUCAGAAGAGGUCAUUAAUAUUGAGGAGAUGAUGGACACAAAGUUGGACUAAACCAGAUGAAGACUAUAUAUGCCUGGUAAUUAUAUAUUUGAACAAUGACUCAUAAG